UGUAUGUGUAUUCAACGUCAUGGCUCUCGUGGAGCCGAAGUCUUAGACGCCCCUGAGCACAACUACCUAGCUGCAAAGCAAUUACUCGCCUUUAUACCGCGGUUAAGCGAUGCCUAGUGAGCAUCUCUGCGAGGUAUAUAAAGGCUCACGGUUCUCUUCAAAACUCCAAUGCACAUACCGCAUUGUAACAAUAAGUACAGCGUUCAAGACCUGGUAAUAUUUGCUUACCUUGCCUCGUUACACUCUCCAUAUCACGGCUUUUCUCUCGGUCGUUCCGUUCAUAAGCUCGACCUACGCCAAUCACGAAACAGGAUUCAGCAAUGGCCUCCACCUCCAAUAAGUCAUCCUCGGGUGCCCCGGAGCCGUACUACUCGCAAGGUCUACGGGCUCGUUUCCAGAUUGAUGGAGUCCGAGCCGAGCAGGCCAAGGUCGCAGCAGCAGCGAGCGGCAGCGGAACGGCGUUUGCUGAUAUUGGCUACGAAGUCGACGAGGCCAAGUACCGUGCCCGUGCCGAGGCCCGAGUCAAGGCAGGCGGCCUACCUACAUCGGUGCCGGCGGGGUGGCCAACGGAGCUGAAGGGCCCCCUCGUGUGGACCUCGGACAGCUUCAAGCAAGACGAGACCGAGUAUGUGUACAACCUCACGGCCGAUGACAAGUCCGAGCUUCUCAAGGCGCUGGAAUCGUUCAAGGCACUCGGGCUUGAUGGCCAGAAGGUGACCAAGGCCGUGUUUCCGCUCCCCAACCUUGGAAAGCGCCUCGACGCCAUCUGCCACGACAUCUACGACGGCAAGGGCUUCGCGGUAGUCCGUGGGCUCAAUCCAGACGACUACGACGUGGCCGACCUGACCAUCGUUUAUCUUGGCAUCUCUAGCUACGUGGCUGGGCGGCGGGGCCGCCAGGACCAGCGUGGCUCGAUGCUCAUCCAUGUCAUCAAACGCGGCGGCGAGUCGGAAGACGAGGACGGCGACUUUGAUGUCCAAUACUCGGAGGACAAGCCGUUCCACACCGACACGGUGACCGACACGCUCUGCUUGUUCACCCAAGAGCUGGCGUCGUCUGGAGGACUCAGCGUGCUGGCGUCAGCCUGGACCGUCUACAAUGAGCUGGCAGCCACACGGCCCGACCUGAUUCACACUCUCGCCGCUCCAGACUGGCCCUUCGAUACCUACGGCCGCGAGCCGCCUUAUUACCGCCGUGCGUUGCAGUACUUUUACGAGGGCAAGCUCAUCACUUCCUUUUCGCGCCGGCUCCUCGUCGGACACGCGCCCUUCCAGCCGCGGUCCGCUGGCGUGCCAGGCCUCACCGAGGCCCAGGCCGAGGCCCUCGACGCCGUGCACUUCAUUGCCCGGAAGCACGAGAUUAAGCCCCGCAUGGAGCGCGGCGACAUUCGCUUCAUCAACAACAUGGCCCUGCUGCACCGCCGCGAGGCCUUUGAGAACCACCCUGGCAGCUCCGCCCGCCAUCUCGUUCGCAUCUGGCUUCACAACGAUGAGGGCGCCUGCUGGGCCCUCCCUACCCCGCUCCGUCUAGCCUGGGCGAGAAUUUUCGAUGAUGACGAGGGCCGUGAUGAGCACUGGGAUGUUGAGCCCAUCCGGAACCCGGACAAUGGUCGCAUCAUGCGUGUUGGAGGUUCGUGCGACUGAGACGGUGAAGCCAUCGUGCACUUUUCGCUUGAUAU